AUGAACGAAAAUCUAUUUACCUCUUUCAUUACCCCUGUAAUUCUAGGCCUCCCCCUUGUUACUCUCGUCAUUUUAUUCCCUAGCUUACUAUUUCCUACAUCAAACCGACUAAUUAAUAACCGCCUUAUCUCCCUCCAACAAUGAGCACUUCAACUCAUGUCAAAACAAAUAAUAAGCACUCACAACACCAAAGGACAAACAUGAACAUUGAUAUUAAUGUCCCUAAUUCUAUUUAUUGGAUCUACAAAUUUAUUAGGCUUAUUACCCCAUUCAUUUACACCAACCACACAAUUAUCAAUAAAUUUAGGCAUGGCUAUUCCCCUAUGAGCAGGGGCCGUAGUUACAGGCUUCCGCAACAAAACCAAAGCAUCACUCGCCCACUUCCUACCACAAGGAACACCUACCCCACUAAUCCCAAUACUGGUAAUUAUCGAAACCAUCAGCCUCUUCAUCCAACCAGUAGCCCUUGCCGUACGAUUAACAGCCAACAUCACAGCAGGGCACUUAUUAAUUCACUUGAUUGGAGGAGCUACCCUUGCAUUAUUAAAUAUCAAUACCACAACAGCACUUAUUACAUUUACUAUUUUAGCUCUACUAACAAUCCUAGAAUUCGCAGUAGCUAUAAUUCAAGCCUACGUAUUCACCCUCCUAGUUAGCUUAUAUGUGCACGACAACACAUAA